AUGAGUACAGAUAAAGAGAUUAGGGUUUCACCUGGUAUCUGUACAAAAGUUGAGCAAAUAUUAGACUUGAUCUCCCGUUAUUUGUCAUCUUACAUUCAUGUUCUGAACAAGUUUAUCAGUCAUUUACGCAGAGUGGCCACGCUACGAUUCGAAAGAACUACUUUAAUUAAAUUUGUUAAAAAAUUAAGAUUUUACAAUGAUUGUGUACUAAACUACAAUGCAUCAGACUUUAUCAAUGAAGGUACAAACGAAUCGGGUUCAGAUGCCGACCCUCUGGAUAAGGUCAUCUUACCAAUAGCUUCGAUGUUUGUCAAAUGCGUCGAAACAUUUGAUUUACUGAACUAUUAUCUAACACAAUCGUUACAAAAGGAAAUUAUAUCUAAGACUUUGAAUGAAGACCUGACGCUAACGACUGAAUCUAUAUUAGCUAUUGACGAUACUUACAAUCAUUUUGUGAAGUUUUCCCAAUGGAUGAUUGAAUCAUUGCGCAUUGGCAGCAACUUGCUAGAUUUGGAAGUGGUACAAUUUGUCAUUAAAUGUGCUGAUGAAGACGGUACAAACACCGGAGAAACUGACAAUAUCUUCUUACAGGAAAUUGUUCCUGUCAAUUCAGAAGAAGAUUUUUUCUCUUUGUCAGCUGCAUGGCACUCUAUCUUAGAUGGUAAACUAAAUAUUAUGGAUCAAGAGUUCGAUGUCGUCGCCACUAAAUGGCACGACAAAUUUGGUAAGUUGAAAAAUUGA